AUGGCGUUAGCGGUGCUGGCGCUGAGGACGCGGACAGCUGGUAAACGGACGCCGUGGCACUCGCCGGGCGAGGGGUGGAGGCGGAGUGGAGACCUUGCAGGGAUCUGGGGGCUUGGAGUUACAGCCCUGCUGAGCCCCCCUCAGGCUACAGCUCUUGCCGUCAGAUAUGCAUCCAAAAAGACAGGUGGCAGCUCUAAGAACCUCGGUGGAAAGUCACCAGGCAAACGCUUUGGCAUCAAGAGAAUGGAGGGUCACUAUGUUCACGCUGGCAACAUCCUUGCGACUCAGCGCCACUUCCGCUGGCACCCAGGUGCCCAUGUGGGGCUGGGGAAGAAGAAGUACCUGUAUGCUCUGGAGGAGGGGAUAGUCCGCUACACUAAGGAGGUCUACGUGCCCAGUCCCAGCAACUCGGAGGCUGUGGAUCUGGUCACCCGGCUGCCCGAGGGGGCUGUGCUCUACAAGACUUUUGUCCACGUGGUUCCUGCCAAGCCUGAGGGCACCUUCAAACUGGUAGCUAUGCUUUGACCUCCUGGUUGAGGCCUUUGGACAGACUGGAGCCCAGGUGACAGGAGAGGGUGGUACCAGACGUCAUCAAGGGUUGGAGUGACGACAAGCCCUCCCAAGGAAGAAGUCUGCUUGGUGGUGACUGCAGGAGACUGUGAAGUGACUGGCUGGGAAGCCCUUUGGGAGACCUGACCUGGGGCCAAAAAUAAAGUUAGCUGGAGUCGUGA